UAUGUAUUUCACCACAUUCACUCAGUUUAGUCUCACAUGACAUAUUCCUAGCCCCUCUCAUUUCACAAAUUCUCACAUUACAUCACAAACCCUAGGAAAACUACAAAUAACCCUCCCUGCAUACUCCAAUUAUCACCUUCACCCACAAAUCACCGUUUCCACUUUUCAAUUAUUAUACUAUUGUUUUCCUUUUCCCCCUAAAAGAAAUUGUGCUUUGUCUCUGGAAACCCUAGAUUCAUCCUCUUCUCCUUACCUGCGGUUACGCAUUCGAUCCGGUAUUUGGAGGCCAUGGACGAUAGCUGCGCGGUCUGCGCGGAAAGCUUGGAGUGGGUGGCCUACGGAGCUUGCGGCCACAAGGAUGUCUGCUCCACUUGCGUCGCUCGCCUCCGAUUCAUCUGCGAUGAUCGUCGCUGCUGUAUUUGCAAGACCGAAGCCGGCCUCGUUUUUGUCACUAAGGCCUUGGGAGAUUACACCAAGACAAUCAGUGACUUCUCUCUAUUGCCUUCUGAAGUGAAAGAGGGCAGAGUGGGGCAGUACUGGUAUCAUGAAGACACGCAAGCCCUUUUUGAUGAUUUGGAUCACUACAAGAUGAUCAAGGCCAUGUGCAGGCUUUCUUGCAGUGUAUGUGAUAAAAUGGAGGACCAACUGGAUGAUGGUUCCAGGAGGAGAGCAAAGUUUAGGAACAUUGAGCAGCUAAAGGGUCACCUGUUCCAUAAGCAUAGGUUGCUUAUGUGCAGCCUGUGCUUGGAAGGAAGAAAGGUUUUCAUUUGUGAGCAAAAGUUGUAUACUAGAUCACAGCUGACGCAACAUAUAAAUACGGGUGAUUCAGAGGUGGAUGGAAGUGAAAGUGAAAGAGGUGGCUUCACUGGGCAUCCCAUGUGUGAAUUCUGCCGAACACCAUUUUAUGGGGACAAUGAGCUUUAUACACAUAUGUCUACUGAACAUUAUACUUGUCAUAUAUGUCAAAGGCAGCAUCCAGGACAAUAUGAGUACUACAAGAAUUAUGAUGACCUGGAGAUGCACUUCCGUCGAGAUCAUUUCCUAUGUGAGGAUGAGGGAUGUCUUGGCAAAAAGUUCAUUGUCUUCCAGUCUGAAGCUGAAUUGAAGAGGCACAAUACUUUGGAGCAUGGAGGGCGCAUGUCCCGUUCAAAGCGCAGUGCUGCUCUUCAGAUACCAACCAGUUUCCGUUACAGACGAAGUAGUGAGCAAGAGAAUCGUCGUGGAAGAGCGCGCACAUUCCUGCGGGAUCCUUCGGAUAGUGAACUUUCUUUAGCGAUCCAAGCAAGUCUUGAGACUGCAAGUGCUGCACCAUCUAGUAGUCGGGCUACCACUGAUCAUGCAGAAGUUACUGAUGUUGAAUCACUUAUUCCACCUCUUGAGUCUAUAGGCAUCACAGACUCUGAGCCACCUUCAAGGUACCUGCAAGCGCUGUCUCAAAGAUCAAGAAGUGGAGCACUUGGAGAAUCUUCAUUUCCUCCACUGCCAGUGGCUUCUUCAAGUAAUCAGAAUUCUAAUCCUGAUGUUCCCAAGAAAACUAUGGCUGCACAUCUCCGCCACCAAGGCAACAGGAAGGCUAAUACCUCAAGUUCAGCUCCUGCUUGGCCUGCAGCUAGUCGCACACCUGCACAGCCAGUUAUUAACCCUCAUGGUUGGCCGUCAAUAAAUGCUGUUUCUGGAUCAGCAUCUAGUUCUGGACAAAGCAGAGCGGCAGCUGAAGUUGGACCUGCGUCAUCUAGUUAUUUAACUUCUGCUCAGGCUCGGCCGGCAUCUAAUUCAUCUUUUGCUGGUUCUUUAGUUUCAUCGAGGACUUCUGGAAGCAAAGGCCGGAUCAGUCAUUCGUCAUCAGCACCUAAUCUUUCUGAACGGGAAUUUCUUGAGUCUUCAAGCUCUGAUUUCCCUCCAGUUUCAGCAGCACAGACACUCAAGUCACCUGCAGCUGACCAGGCUUUGAAGAAUGUAGAUGAUGUUCAUACAGCAAACAAAUCUCUGGUGGAGAAAAUGCGUGUUGCUUUAGGAUUUAAUGAAGACAAAUUCACUGCUUUCAAAGACAUAUCUGGUGAAUACCGCCAAGGGUCUAUGGAUGCCGAGACAUAUCUAGCAUAUGUGGAGCAGUUUGGUUUGUCUCAUCUUGUUCCAGAGAUGGCUAGACUACUACCUAAUGCUCAGAAGCAGAAAGAGCUGAUUGAGGCCUACAAUGUUAAUAUCGCAUACAAUGCUUCGAAUGGUUGGAGUAAUGGCAUAAAAGAUGGUGAUGGGAGUUCCAGAAAAGGGAAAGGCAAAUCUGUAGAUGCGGGUAAAGGCGAGUCUGUAGAUGCGGGUAAAGGCGAGUCUGUAGAUGCUGGAAACAGCACCAUUAGAAACAACAUAGCUGAUAAUGUUAUCAGCACUGUCAAAGAACUACAAUCAAGCUUCAGAGUUUCAGAAGAAGAGGUUGAAGUGUUGUCAAAGGAUGGAUAUCGAGGUGGCAGGGGCAAAUCGAAAGCUGUGGUUGGUGAUUCACUACUAGGAUCUAGUGGACCUGGUGAAUCUACAAAAUUGAAGAACCAGAAUGAGUCAUUAUCUGCUGGUGGUGGAGCUAAUCAAAACUCAGGUAAUGGUGAUGGGAAAAGUAAGCAAAGGAAGAAAACCUCAAAAUUUCACAGAGUUCGCCUUGGUGAUGGCUCUGUUGAAGCACUCUUGCAUCAAAAGAAUACCGACCCUGAUCCGGAUCCUGGUCCAAAUUUAAAGGAAUCCUCUUCUGUUGGGCCAAAUAAUCCUAGUGAAAGUUUGCCUGCUCGUGGGGUGUGGAGAAAUGGUGGAGGUCAGAAGCUAUUUGCAUUGACUUCAAAAGGGCCUAAAAACUGAAUCUGGACGAGGGAAUGAGUUGACAAUUUGUAGAAACUUAUAUCAACCAUCUGCUCAUGUUCAGUCUUCUUUAUUCCGAGCUGGGCUGGUUUUUUUUGAUUGGUUUGCCUUGGUGUAUCAGUGCGGAGGGGAGAAAGGCUUUUGCCCGGACUGCUUUGAUGAAGUUUUGAUUGAUUCUGGUUCAUAUACUUGUAUUUUUUAUUUAAGCAAAAUAUUUGGAGGUACUCACACAACGAUGGAAAUAAUGAUCUUUCAUCUUUAUACCAGAUGUUCUUGCGUUAUUGGUCCUAACAUU